GUUGAACAAUGCAUAAACAGACUGAAGGAUAUGAAGCUUGAUGCUGCACUUCAGGAUCUGAUAGAUCUAUGUCCAGAAAAGCUUCAAAGAACGCUAAACAUCCAGGCUGGUGAGGGUGACGUACCAAGUCAACCCAUGCUGGAGUGGCUUUGUCUCAAAAUUUUGGGAGCCGCCCAGCUGAUGAGCUGCUCACUGAGUCGAUGCAGCAGAGCUUUCAUACUCGCAAAGCAGCAAAUGAGAUAUGAGUUUGCACUCUUAAAUAUGGUUAUAACUAGCAUGCUCAGCCGUCUGUGGGUGAUUUUCCGAGGUAUCCUGGCCAGCCUGUCCAGUCUGUACCAGGAGCUUCUGCUGUUCCAUAAAGAAGUUGCCCAAGCACAGGCUAUGCCUUUCCUCAAAGGCUUUUCCCUGCCAGAAGAUGUGUCUCAAUUCUUGGGUCCCUCACGUGCCUUUUUAUUGACAAACAAGGGCAUGCUGGGACUUGGUACGAAAAGCCGCAAAGUAAAGCAACAGAAGUGGGAGAAUUCAUUGGAUCAGUUCAACAACAACCAAAUCACAUACAUUACAGAAGACCUGGGUGUUGCUGUUGACAGAGGUUUGUUUCUUGACCCUGACAUGAAGCCUUUCAUCAAGGUUGUUAGGAAUUUAACACAGGAAACACGUGACACUGAAAAACAAAGGUUCAGGAAAAAACUGACAGAAGCUACAACUUUCACAGACAUGUCAACUCUUCUAGAAGAAAUGAUCCUGUGGUGCAAAUGUGAGGAUAUGGGGAAGGAAAAACGCCUCCUACAAUUCCUCCAUUUGAAGUGCCAGAAGCUGAAGAUCCAAGAGACAGCGGGUUGUAGUGUCCACAGAAAGUUAGAGAUUUUCAGACAGAAAGUUUGCUGGGUUUUCUCUUCGUCUGGGUCAGUGCCACGGACACAUUUGCGGUUUGCAGGAUGGACAAGUGCACACCGGAGAACUUGUUUUCUCAGGCGGAAGUUUAGAUCAACUCUCAUCAGAAAGAAACUGUUGGAGAGACGAAGGACAAGGACAGAAUCAUCAGUGUUGGGACAUGACCAAGAAAGUGUGGCAACAUGUGCAGCUAUACUUCACACCACCAACAAUAAUAAUAAUAAUGAAAUUGAUGAUAUAUUUGCUAGUUUGGGUUUGUGAUACUUGUGAAAUAGACAUAUCAACAAAAAGCUAUCUGAAUGUAUUACAAUAUGAUGAGAUAUGUGACCCAGGUGACGCUCAGAGACUUAGUGGGGAAAAUAAGUAUUUGACCCCCUGUCAAUUUUGCAGGUUUUCCCACCUACAAAGAAUG